ACCUUCUGAGAGAACAGGGAGCUCUCCUUGUCCUCCAACAUGCACUUUGCCUCUCCUCUAUUCCUGACUGCAGGACGCGUUGGUGCGGUGGCCAGAUCUGACCGUGGAGAUGUGGACUUAAAGCUGGACCCACAUCGGGUCUGGGGACCUCCUGCUGUGGGCACCGACCCACCAAAAUGCACCUGAGCCGCCUUCCCCUGGCCGUGCCCUUUUGCCUCAGCUGCUACCUACCUCCAGCAACCACAGUGCAGCAUGGUGCCCUGCUGCCUCCAGGACCUGCCAGCACUGAGGACUUCCCUUGAGCUCUGGGCCCACCCUCUGCAGCUCCCAUUGCCAUGCAGCUGCUCUGGGUUUUUGUUACAGGCAGGGCUCUCAGCCCCGGGAUCGCAUCCUGGGGACACCCCUGCCGCCUGUGUCACCCCAUGCCUCAGUGCUGCUCCCUCCUCCGUCCCUCUGCUUUUCCUUUGGAAGAGGCUGGGGGCUCUCUGUUAAUAUUUCAGGCACGCAGACUGUCUCGUCAGGUCUGCUAUGCCAAUUAAGCAGUAAUCAUGCUGUAAUGAAUCAGUUGCUGAGCUCAUGCUGAAAGCCUUCACGGCUAGCAUGUUCCUCUCCCUUGGCUCUGUGCUGCAGAAAGGAAUGGCACAGACACAUCAGUGAUUAUUAUUACUUUUUUAAAUUUUUGGUGGUUUUUUUCCCAGAAUAUUUUAGCUUGGAGCUAGGAAUAUCCAAGCUGUUAUUCCCCCUCCCUCCUGUUUGGGCAGCACGAUGGCAAAGCGUAACGCUCAUCAGGACUCCUUGGCUCUCGUGUUUAGGUUUCCUAGGUGUAGAAACAUCUCUUUUUCUCCUCCUCUUCCGCCCCGGGAGAAACCUCUCGUAUCUUCAGCAGCCGCAGCAGCUGCUGGGAGGAAGCAGCCUGUCAGCAGGGAAAGGACUAAAAAUACCCAGCAGCAGGCUGAGUGCUGCUGGAAAGCUGUGUGCCUCCAUGCUGCCGGGGGGCAUGGGAUGGGUUUGGGAGGAUGGUCCUACUCCCAUGUCGUGCUUGGGUUUGGCUCUGAGCCUGAGGGCUGUUUCUCAUCUGUGCCUUUUCUCUCUGCAGAAGAUGCCCCAGGCUGGUGGGCCGUGGGCAGCUUGAUCUGGUGGGGGGCAAGCAGCCCAUGGCAGGGCUUGAGGCUGAGGGGCUUCACGGUCCCUUCCAGCCCAAGCUAUGCUCUCAAUGAGAAAGCAUCAAGGAAAGGGAGAACUUCUAGACCUUUGCUCAGGACAGCUCUUGAGAUGGUGAAACACAUGCAGCUCAGAUUUAUCACAUGGGAGGGAGGAACCAGUCUGCCCAGCCGCUCUGUUGACCCCACAAGCAGCAACUUCCCGUUGUGUUUGCGCUCUGGGGCUGCUGCAGGGAGCAGAGGAUUGCUUAUCUUUGCAGCACUUGUUUCUGUAUUUCUAAUAAGUGCUGCAGUGCUCUGCAGCUUUAAAGUCUCAGGAUGGGAUCUUCCAGGCGGGAUGCCCUGCAGUAAGCACCCUGCCUGGGUUCUUCUUUCUUGCAGAGCAAGGCUGGAGCAGAACACAUGGAAGGGUCUGUUAUAGGGUGUGCACUUCUGUGCUGCCUCCCACAGAGCUCUGUGCUGCGUGGCUCUUACCUGCUCUGACCCCCGUGGCUCCUGGUGCUCUCUGACCCUUCAGAUCCCCUUUGGCUGCACGGCCGCAUCCAUUGGGCUCGUUGUUGAGCUGUCCUGUGGGUAUCUGCCUGCAGCCAUAGCCGAUGGCCUGCUGUUCUUUCCCAGAGGGCUCAGUUUCAAGCUGGUGCCUCCACUUUGGGCUCACUGACCUGCAGCGCUGGGGCUCAGCAGCAUCCCCACCUUUCCUAACAUCUCCCAGCCACCCUGCGCUGCAAAGUUAAUAAACUUGUCACUUGAGCUCUGCCUGCACCAGCCAAGCCAUCAGCUAAAUUUGGGUGCUUAUGUUCACCCAGGCCAAGUAUCAGGUUAUCUGGAUCACAUGUGCUCCCAGCUGCUAUUUAACUCUGAAGCCUCUGGGAGACGCAGCACUUUACUAGCCCCGAUGAGGCCAGCUGUUUGGAUUUCAUAUUAUUUUUAUUAUAACAUUUUGGCACUGGUUCUUUCUCUUUUUUUUCUGGACUGUUUUUAAUUAAUAUCCUGCCAAAUCACUUAUCCCCACGGCCUGUCAGUGAGCUGCACCUGCUUUGGCCCUUCAAUCUGAUCACAAUGUUUCUGGUUCUUUCAGCCACCACGGAAUUAAGGGACUUUUUUGCCAAAGCCCGAAAUGGUUCAGUUCGGCUCAUCAAGGUGAUCAUCGAGGAAGAACAGCUCGUUUUGGGAGCACACAAGGAGCUGGCCCGGCGCUGGGACAUGGACUAUGAUGCCUUUGUGCUACCCUUGCUGGAUGAGCAGCAGCCGUGCUAUGUGCUGUACCGCCUGGACAGCCAGAACGCCCAGGGCUACGAGUGGCUCUUCAUCUCCUGGUCCCCUGAUAACUCCCCGGUUAGGCUGAAGAUGCUGUAUGCUGCAACCAGAGCAACGGUGAAGAAAGAAUUUGGAGGGGGGCAUAUAAAGGAUGAGAUGUUUGGAACAGUUAAGGAGGAUGUGUCCCUCAGUGGGUACCAGAAGCACGUAUCAUCCUGCUCUGCGCCCGCCCCGCUGACUGCAGCUGAGCAGGAGCUCCAGCAGAUCCGCAUCAAUGAGGUGAAGACAGAGAUCAGUGUGGAGAGCAAGCACCAGACCCUGCAGGGCCUGGCCUUUCCCCUGCAGCUGGAUGCGCAGCAGGCUAUCCAGGCACUGAAGCAGAAGAAAAUCAAUUACAUCCAGCUGAAGCUGGAUCUGGAGCGGGAGACCAUCGACCUGGUGCACACAAGCCCUACAGAGAUCACUGACCUGCCCAAGAGGAUCCCACAGGACUCUGCUCGCUACCACUUCUUCCUGUACAAGCAUUCACAUGAGGGAGACUACCUGGAGUCUGUUGUGUUCAUCUACUCCAUGCCUGGGUACAAAUGCAGCAUCAAGGAGCGCAUGCUCUACUCCAGCUGCAAGAGUCGGUUGCUCGACACCGUGGAGCAGGAGUUCUAUCUGGAGAUAGCGAAGAAGAUUGAGAUCGACGACGGCGCUGAGCUGACGGCAGAGUUCCUGUAUGACGAGGUGCACCCCAAGCAGCACGCCUUCAAGCAGGCCUUUGCCAAGCCCAAGGGGCCCGUGGGGAAACGGGGACAGAAGAGGCUGAUCAAAGGGCCAGGAGAGAACGGCGAGGACAGUUAGAUCCGGAUGAGGCAGGGACGGGUGGUGAAUGGACAGCAUCCCCCUGACGUUUCCCAGCUUCCACCCCUCCGUUCCAGGCCUUUCUGCUGACCUGGGGAUCUUUCCCUCCAUCUCAGCCUUCCCCUCCCCUUCUUUUCCCUUUUUCAUUCCUUUUUGAGCAUCAGGACGGGUUGUUUCUCCCGACGCAGAGCAGUGGGAUGGGGACAGGCUGUAGGUGUUUGUGUUUCUUUCUCCAUGUCCUUGUGCGAGCCUGGGAGCAACUGGGGAAGCAUGGGAGCAGCAGCACCAUGUCCCCAGCCUACCCUGGUUCCAGCUGGGACCAGUUUCCUUGGUUUACCUGUGCUGAGGGAAGGAUUCACUCACCUACAAGCUGCUCUAUGCAAAAGAAGGAGAUGGUACCUCGUGUUGGUUUAAUAGCAGAUUACAUUAAAUGCUUGUUUCCCUCCUCCCUCUUCCUACAGCCUUUGCUCAGCAGAGCCCCGCUGUGCAAGUCCUAUGGCUGCCCAAGCCUUUCCAGGCUGCAGCCCAGAUCCAUCUCUGAAGAGGGGACUUUAGUCCAGCACCUGGCAGGAGCAUUUGUCCCUGGUGAGAGACAGCCCCUUGUUCUAUCUGGAUUUGCCUUUUGGGGAGUACAGAUGCUUCUCCCUUCCCCUCUCACUCCCAGCUGUCAUACAGAGCAUCCUCAUGGCCGGGGCCCUGGACAUGCAAGCAGCAGCUGCCCAGUUCCUGACACUGCUGGUGGCUUCCCAUACAGCCACUCCGUGCUGUUCCCACCCAGCUCUGGGUCCCUGUGCCUCCUGGGCUGGGCUGGCUGUGAAGCCCCUAGGGUCUGAGCUGGGGCACAGGGAUGUGGCUCAAUGGACUUUGAAGCCAGUUUUUAAUGGGUAUGGGCAGAGGAAGGGCAGCACCCAGCUCUGCUUUGGUCCAUUCUUGGUGCAGGGCAAGGUCUGAGCUCCACCUGACUUUGGAGAAAGGUUACUGUGCCUGUUGGCAAUGUUUGGAUCCCCUUUCUGAUCCACCAAAGACAGCCUUUUCCCUCGAAGGGAGCUGUUACAGCCCUGCCUCAGCCCUGCGGCUGGGUUUGGGACAGGAGCCAGAACCCAUUCCAUGCCACCCCUGUCCCCUGUGCUGUCUGUCGUCCUACUUCAUCCUUCCCCAUUUCCUUCAUCCCCAUCCCUGUGCUUUUAUCAGCAUAGGGGUGCCUCAAUGUUUGUAGUGUGAUUGCAAGGCAGGGGCUGGCCUGACUGCUCCAUUAAUUCUGGGUGUUGUCAUCUGUGGGAUGAAUCUCUGGUCCAGGCUGGCACCCAGGUGAGAGAGGGGGUGGCUGAACAUUGCCCUUCGCAAGGAAAAGGGUGUGGGAAAUGGGAUAAAGCCCUGAGCCCCUGGAAGGCCACCCAGCUCCCACCCAAGUGGGCUGCCCCAAAUCCCUGCACAAGGAAGGUUGCCCCCAGGUAGGGCCAGCUGGGGCUCCAUGUGCUCACAGCAUAGAGGACAUCGCUGGUCACCAAGGGCUGUCCCCAGGGGUUGAGUUUGGCACUGUGGAUUUGGUUUUUCUUAGAGGACUUGGGGAGGAGAGCACCUUGCUGCUGGGUACCAGCGAGGCCUGCUUCCCCCACACCCUGGGCAGUGGUAACACCAGGGCUGCUCCUGUGCCCUUCCCCGCUCACCGGUGAAUGUGCCGAUGUUGCCUUGACCGUGUUGGGGUGCCCCAGUGAGGGGGGUGUGAAGCCUGGGGGGAGCGGAGCACACUGUACUGAAUGCUGUAUUUUCUAAAGAAUAAAGUAUUUUUAAAGCA